AUGAUCCGUUUCAAAUCAACACUGUUAAUAAAACAGUUUCAUAUGCUGAUAAAGUUAAGGGGAAAAAACCUAACUUUUGUUGAACGUGUUGUGGGGAAUAAGCGGCAUGUAAAAACUACAGUGGAUUUGAAUUCUCUUCCAAAUCCUACAACAAAAGAGGGCAAGCCGGCUGUUGAAAUACCUCAAGAUUUAUUCAUUGAAGGCUGUGAGAUUUGGAAGUAUAGCCUUAUUGGUCAUAUAGAGUUUAAGGGUUCCGAUUUUAACUCCAUUAAAAUCUCCCUAGAACAGCAAUGGAAACUAGGGCAAGGACGUGUUCAGUUUGUUCCAUUGAACCGUGGUUUUUUUAUUAUCAAACUUUUGUCCCAAGAAGAUAAAGAUGAGGCUUUCUCUGAAGAUGUUUGGGUAAGGUUUCCUGGAUUGCCAUUGGAGUUGUGGGUUGAAAAGUCGUUGUUGGCUAUGGGUAAAUCACUUGGAAACCCAAUUGUAGUGGAUUCAAAAUCUCUAAACCAUGAAUAUGGACACUUUGUUGUUGUUCUUAUAGAUAUUGAUUUUUCUAAACAUGAUAACACUGAUGCUAUUCAUGUUACAGCGGGUGGUAGAGAUUUCUGGCAGAAUAUUGACAUUCCAAAACAUCCUAAGUUCUGUUCAAAGUGUAAUAUCAUUGGUCAUAUGGAUGUUGAUUGCAGGAAAAAGAAGCAUACUACACAACAGGCUAAAGGUCCUCCAAAGCAACAAUGGAGGCAGUUUACUACUGUAGAAAAUACGUCCUCUACCAUACUAGCAGAUGAAUUACAACACUCUGAGAGUGAGUUAGUUGGUUUAAGUGAGGAAGAUCGCAUUGCCUUGGAGCUAGCUAAAGUGAUUUCAGAGUGCAAGGCCAAGGUUGAUCAAGGUGAAGAAAUAAGUGUUGAGGAGCGAGCUACUUUGGAAUUAGCACAAAAAAUGGAAGAAGAUCUUGCAAAGCUGCAAAGGGCGCGAAUGGAGAGAGCUGCUCAGGCGUAUUCAAGAAAGCUAGAUAGCUCUGGAGUGAUUUUAUCACCAAAUAAAUUCAGUGUGCUACCAGAUGAGGCGUGUUUACAUGAGUCCAAGGAAGACACGGAAAACCAAUUUAAAUUGGAUUUUGUUUGUGAAAAAGAAUUUGAAAGACUCACGGACUCUGAUUGCUCGGACCAAAAAUUGGGCUUGGAAGCACAACCCGAGGUAAGUUCUAUAAAGUUAACAAAAGAAGAACAUGAGAUUUUUUGUACUAUUACAAAAUUCUAUACUCAACAAAAGUACUUGAAGGAUUUAUCUUUUCGAAAGGAGUAUGUUAAGGAAACUAUAGAUCAAUCAAAAAGAAUGAGGACUCCAAAGAAGAAAGCUAAAGGUGAUGGAAACACUAAAUCUCAUUCUAUGGGAGAAAAUGUUUGCUACAAUACAGUUGCGUUAUUGAAAGUGAAGAAAAAUUAG